AUGCGACCAUGUCUGCAGCGGCGGAGAUGGCAGAGCGCGCUGCAACGAGCGUUCCGCGCUGCCACCAUCCGGCCAUGCCCACUUCUUAGCCCGCUGGCCCCCGUGGUUCGACACUUCCCUCAUGCUGGUGACGCGGCGACUCGGAGCUGUGACUAUUCCAGCUCCACGAAGAUCUGGCCUUCCACCCCAUCAACCGGUGGUGUCGAGCCACACGGUCUGGCCUCAUGGCUCCGCCUUUUGAACCACCAACUGCCGCCCCCUCUACCAGGCGGCAAACAGACUGGACAUCGCAGUACAGUUGACUCCCACGAGAUUGCUCGCAUUAUUCUGGAAUCGCAAAAGGAGGCUGCGGCCGGCGAGAAAGUCGAUCUCCUCUUUCACUUGGGCAUGAUUGAAAAUCGGUGGCAGACUGUCAUCUGGUUGGUCAAACAUCUCAUUGAGGAGUUUGCACCGCCACUAUCGACCCCUCCUCGUCUUGAGUCGGUCUUGUGCCAGUCCACGGCCGAAGCGUCACUCGACGACAUGACCGCCGAUUCAGCCUCAGCACUGGCCCUCGUCUCGGCGCCGCGCACCCGACAGUCGCUGGACGAGCUCACCGGGGGUUUGGUACCUGAGAACCUCGGCCGAGAUAAGUUGUUAAGGCACGACAUAGUCGGAUCAAUCUGGAGAAGUCUGGGAAUGAUGACCAUCGCGUGCGCAGAUGGCGAAAUGAGACCCGAAAUCCUGGAGAUCAUUGCAUAUCUACAUCACAUGGAAAUUGUCCCGGAGUCAAUCUAUCGUCAGCGGCCUUCUUCCGAUCCAACAGUCUUACAGCAGCCUCCAAUGCUCAAUCUCCUUUCGUCGCGGAUCCUAACCUCGCUGUCCGAUGCUGCCUGGAGGGGUCGUGAGAAGCUGGUCGCCGACGCGGCUCUCGCAAGCGAUGGUCAGCACGUGUCUCUCCAGCCGGACACACCCGGCAUCGUGUACCGCAAAGAUGCAGCUGCCCCACGGACUGAGGUUUGGCUUGAGCUCAUUCUUUGGGCUUGCCUGCGCGGCGGCUGGAUUGCAGAGGGUGCUGCUAUAUUACUGGCUCUCCACCGGGAGCCUGGUGCUCAAGAGUGGAGGCCGGUAUCGUGGAGCUCGCUCAUUGACGCAGCGGGGCAUGGCCAGGGUCGGGAGGAGCUUGAGUACGUGUCGAACACAGGCAAGGCCUUGAAGACACCUGAUCGGCUGCAAGACUCAAGUCAUACAGUCCACAAGACCGUCAGCAGCGAAGUUGUAGACGCUUAUGUGCACGCCUUGCUGAUCACCGUGCGUCAAGGAGUCGGCGAGAGAGGCGUGCCCCCGAAAGACGUUCUCCGCCACCUCACUACACUCCGAGACUUCCUGGUACGUUCGAACCUGGGUCUUCAAUCGGGAUCAUGGGACGCCGUCAUUCUCCGCUACUUCGACGCACAGGAGACGAUCGUCAAUCAGAGUCACAACUUGGAGAUAUUGAUCAACCUAUCUCCCAGUCUCGGGGAAGAGCUUCGCCCGCAGAGCUUAGAAAAUUUGCCAGCCUACGUCCUCGAUGGAAGCGCUGCGGCCCUUGGGCUCUUUCACCGGGCUCUUCAAUCGCGGAUUAAACACGGGGAUAUCAGAGCGGCGACAAGGUUCAUUCAUCGCCUUCAGGAUCUAGCCGACAAGAACAAGUAUCGCGCGAUUGUUGACUUCUUCCAGCGCGCCAGUGGGCAGCAGAACGAUUUUGACGCGCCCCCUGCGGACACCUUUACCAGCAAUUUUCCGGGAAUCGAAUAUCCAAUGUUCACCCUUCAGAUUCCCCCUAUCAUCCUCGGGUCGCUCAUGGAACUCGUUCUUGAUGCCAGGUCCUACAGUCUCGCCCAGUGGCUUGUCUACAGCGAUGAGGUUGACGGACCGCUCCUGCCGCCACAUCACUAUGGACACCCGGCAAUCCUGCCUGCUUUGGUACGAUUAGCCACCGAAACGAAAGACGGCAAGCUGUUGGCAUUGCUCACCAGUGCUUCAAGCAAGCAUGCAGCAAAAGAUGAAUGGACUCCGCCAGGCGGCGUGCUACGGUCUCUGCUUGUGAGUCAACUCAAUUUGCAGCGCUGGGAUGCCGCAGAGCGGACCUUGAGGCAUCUGAACGAGUCCUUGCACACGCGUUGGAGCAUUAUCAAUCUGGCACAUGUGAUCCGGGUCAUGCUGAUUCACGCCGCCGAUGCUGAGCACGGAAAGGAAGAUGCUCAGCAAAACCUGGACCGAGCCAAACAGAUUCUGUCCGGCAUGGUCACGGGCGAGUACGGCAAAAUCGGCAAACUUCGAAAGACAGUCCCCGGACCGCGGCGCGGACAAGGCGCGAUCACCAUGCUCCUUGCCAUCCUCUCGUUACAAGGUCGAGGCUGGGCGGAUUACUGCAGGGGCUUGCAGCAUCUCGGUGGUGUACACACGAUAGACCUCAAUGCCGAAGUGUUCAACGUGGUGCUCGAAGGGAUAGUCCACGCGUAUGGAAGCAGUGCGGGCCAGCGACUACUCGACUUACUGGGACCUUCAGAAGGGGAUCGCUUGUUGCAGAUGGGAAAGAGACAGCCUAAGCACGAGCUUGGGGAGCUUCACAUGCCCCGUUUUCGAUCGGCAAGCUUUGAUCGUGCACCGCGUGCUAGAAGGGCACUCAAAUUCCCCGGACAAUUCGGCCAGCCAAUCGUCAUUUACGGCGGAGUGGGAUGCGAUAUCAUGACAAUCCGCAUCGUCCUUGACAAGGCUUUGGGAGAUCUUGAGCAACGCUCACGAUCGGGAGGGAAAUCUCGGGACAACAUCAAUAGUGCGGUCAGUGAGGUGACCACUUGGGCAAGCAGACGCUUGUACGCUUUGCAAAUGACGGCUGGAGACGUUCGAGAGGAGUUGCAUCAGACUCUAGCCAAGUACCACCUCGGCGAUGAGCGAGCGCAGCGAAGCGAUUUUGUCGAAGAUUACAGCGGUGCAUUGCGGAUGGAAUCUUCGGACUCGACUGUCCCAGCUUCCUGGACGGCAAGCUAG